AUGAUCUCGAUCAGCCCUCACGACUUGGAUCACUACGCUCCCCUCCUGCGAAAGUGUGGGAGCUCCAAAAACUUGGAAGAAGGCAAGCGUGUCCACGCUGAAAUCGCUACUGCCGGCCUCGACAAGAACGGCUUCCUGCGAAACCUCUUGAUCGAGAUGUAUGGCAAGUGUGGAAGCCUCAAGGACGCCAAAGAAGUGUUCGAUGGCACCGGGCCGAGACACAGGAACCUCUAUACGUGGAACAUGAUCAUCGCCGCUUAUGUGAGGAGCCACCAUCUUCAAGGUGCCAGGGAACUCUUUGAUGCUGCCACCGAGAGAUGUGAAGUGACCUGGAACACCAUGAUCGCGGCUUAUACCCAGAGAGGGGAUAUGGACACGGCGAGAAGUAUGUUCGAUAAGAUGCCGAGGAAAAACGCUGCUUCGUGGAAUACCAUGAUCGCCGCGUAUGCCCAAAAAGGCCAUCUCCAGAAAGCUCGCGACUUGUUUGACGAGAUGGGCGAGAGAAGCGUCGUGACUUGGAACUCCAUGGUGACGGCUUAUGCCCAACACGGGCAUUUGCAAGAAGCGAAAGAGUUUUUCAACAAGAUGCCCGUGAGGAAUGUGGUGUCCUGGAACGCUCUCAUCGCGGCCUACGUGAGAAACGAAGACUCGGCCGAGGCACUGAGGCUCUUCGGCGUCAUGGACUUAGAAGGCGUCAGGGGCGACGCAGUGACGAUCACGGGGGGCUUGGAUGCGUGCGCCAACUUGGGAAGCUUGGCCAGAGGCCGAGAGAUCCACUCCAGCAUCGCCCAGCUCGGAUUCACCGGCGAGCUCGCGGUGGAGAACUCGCUCGUCAACAUGUACGGUAAGUGCCAGAGCCUGGCCGACGCGAGAGAGACUUUCGAGAGGAUGAAGCGGCGGGACGUGGUGUCCUGGACGGUGAUGCUCUCGUCGUGCUGCCGGAACCGCGAGUUCGACGAGGCGCUCGUCACCUUCCGGAGGAUGAUCCUGGAGGGCGAGAGGCCAGACGAAGUCGCGUUCAUCAGCGCGCUCGAGGCCUGCGGCGACUUGGCCUCGGUUAGCGAUGGAAGGAUGGUCCACGCCGCCAUCGCCGAGAGUGGCUCUGUGCUCUACCACUCCAAAGUCGAGAGCUCGCUCAUCAGCAUGUAUGGGAAAUGCGGCAGCCUGCGCGAGGCUCGCGCGGUGCUCGAGCGGCUCCACACGCAGGACGCGGUAUCCUGGACUGCGAUGAUCGCGAGCUACGCGCAGCAGGGGCUCGGGAGGCAAGCUCUGGAGCUCUUCCACGCCAUGGCGCUCGAAGGCGUGAGCCCGGACGAGGUGACGCUGGUGAGCGUGCUGUGCGCUUGCAACCACGCCGGGCGGGUUCACGGCGGCCGAGCUUACUUCCAGCUUGGCGUGGGAGACUUUGGAGUGGAAGCCCAGAUGGAGCACUACGCUUGCAUGGUGGACAUGCUGGGACGAUCCGGGAGGCUGGUGGCGGCGGAGGAGCUCAUGGCGGCGAUGCCAUUCGAGCCGGAUGUUUACUCGUGGAUGCACUUGCUGAGCGCUUGCAAGACCCAAGUGGAGGGGAUGGACGAACAGGGUCACAGAGCUGCCCGGCUUGUGGCGGAGCUAGAACCCGAGGAUGGAACGCCGUAUGUGAUGCUCUCUAGCAUGUACUCGCUGCGGUGA